UUUGUUGACAGACUCCUCAGCUCGUCCAACAUGAACAUCAAUGUUGCCCUCAUCAACUCAUCCAACAUGAACAUGAAUGACUCAUCCAACAUCAAUGUUGCCGUCAUCAACUAGCACAUCAGCUCAUCCAACAUGAAUGUUGCCGUCAUCAACUAGCACAUCAGCUCAUCCAACAUGAACAUGAAUGUUGCCGUCAUCAACUCGUCCAACAUGAACGUUGCCAGCAGUUCUGUGUCCACAACACGACGCAAGCGUGAGGCGGAGCGCUCGGUCAACUGGACGGUGGAGGAGACUCAGGUGCUGCUGUGCGCCUGGAGUGACGAGCGCAUCCAGAAGAGUCUGUCGGAAAACCUGCGCAACCGCCACGUGUUCAAGCACCUGUCGGCCCGCAUGAGCGACAUGGGCUUCUGCCGCAGUCCUCACCAGUGUCGCCUGCGCGUCAAGACCCUGAAGGCCAACUACGUGCGCGCCAAGCUGCAGAGGAGCGCCCACAGCUCCCAGCUCUGCAACUUCAAGUACUUCCAGGAGAUGGACGCCGUGUUGGGGAGGAGGCCUGACGUGUCUGCUCCGGACCCCGCAGACAGGACGGUGGGCUCUUUCGUCGGGCGUUACCUCGCUUCUCCGGGGAUCACCGCCCAAGAACAUUGCAGUUCUUCCGAGGAGCGAGGAGGCCGGCAGAUGUGGCCGCUGGACUUUCAAGUCAAGCUGGAGAACGAAGACGAUUCCGAGUUCAGCGACGUGGGAUUCAUGCAGGGACUGGGAGAGAGACCACCCCAGGGUUUUGUGGGAUCCAGCAUCCAUCCUGAGCCUGCCGCUCCGCCCGUGGACAUUGUGAGCUCGCCCUCGCCCGCACAUCCUCCGGCGUCCUCGCCCGAGGCUUCCACGCCGCCCGGCGCCGAGGGCGUGCGCCCGGAAGCGGUCCUGGCUCACCUGUCGCGGUGUUUCCGGCAGCUGGUGUCGGAGACUCGGGGCCUGCUGGUGCAGCUGGACCAGCAGAGGCAGGAUCAGGCCCGCUGGCACCAAGACCUCCUGAGCCAGUGGGCGCAGCGCGAGGAGCGGCGGCAGAGGGAGGCGGCGGAGAGGGAGGAGCGGCGGGAGAAGGCCCACAUGGAGCAUCAGGUCCGGGUCCUGGAGCUCCUCACCAGCCUGGCCAGAGAACAAGGUGGCAGAGCACAGGAGCACAAAGAUGCCAAGUAGGACCUCAUUCAUUCUCACUUCCUGUCACUGUCAUCUUACACUCUUCAUUCAUCACUUCCUGUCAUCUUACACUCUUCAUUCAUCACUUCCUGUCACUGUCAUCUUACACUCUUCAUUCAUCACUUCCUGUCAUCUUACACUCUUCAUUCUCACUUCCUGUCACUGUCAUCUUACACUCUUCAUUCAUCACAAGAGCAUUCAUGCUUUUCAUGGCUUUCAGCGGCCUUUGAAAAGAUGACAUUCAACAAUAAUCAUCAUUUUCUUCCUAUUAUUAUUCAUAUUUCAUGGCUUUUGUGUGCUUACAAUAUAUUAUUAUUAUUCAACUUGCUAUGCUAAAGUGGAGACAAGUUGGUUGCAUUUGAAAAGCAUUAUUAUUAUUAUUAUUAUUAUUAUUAUUAUUAUUAUUAUUAUUAUGAUGUGUUUUCAUUCGCUCUCCAAUAAAAACAAAGUCACUGUUUAUUUAAUAUAUGCAAAUGUGUUAUCUCUGGUGACCUUUGAACUGGGACCAACAUUAAAACUAGAUCUGAUGUGACUUGUGCUCAUCUUUUGUCCCACAUCUUUCAUCUUCCUCUAACACUUCCUGUUACAUACAACAUGUCAAAUACAAAAUAAAUACUUGUGAACAUUUUACACUUCCUGUAAAGUAACAAUAAAUGUGAAGUAAAACACUUCCUGUAGAAUACAAAAAAACAUGUGAAGUAAAACACUUCCUGUAGAAUAAAAAAUAAUAAAUAAAUGUGAAGUAAAACACUUCCUGUAGAAUAAAAAAAUUAUAAAUAAAUGUGAAGUAAAACACUUCCUGUAGAAUAAAAAAUAAUACAUGUGAAGUAAAACACUUCCUGUAGAAUAAAAAAAUAAUAAAUAAAUGUGAAGUAAAACACUUCCUAUAGAAUAAAAAUAAUAAUAAAUAAAUGUGAAGUAAAACACUUCCUGUAGAAUAAAAAAAUAA